AAAAUACUUUUUACUUUUGCUAAAUAAAUAAAUAAACUAGCGUACAUCUUUCGCGCGCAAGCGCGCGCGUGUCAUUUUUCAUAUUUUAUUUUAAUGUAUAUUUUAGUGUCGUUUGCAUAUAUUUUUUCGCUUUCGACCAAUCACGUUACGAAUAGUUUGGCUUCACAUAUAUUUCAUCUAAAUUUUAUUAUAGGAUAAAUAAUAAUACGACAAAUAAAAAGAACAAGAAUGCCAAAUUUAAUGCCUGAUGAUGACAAAGUUAAAAUGUCAACAACUCAGAGUGCAGCGAUAUUCAAUGGUGAAGUUGACAAUUUCUAUGAUCAAAAUUAUGAAAUGAAUAAUAAAAUGAGAUUACCCAAAACACUGAGAGUCAGUGAUGAUGAAUUUAAUGACGAUAGCGCAAGUAAAAAAAAUGCUUCAUCUUGGACACAAUCAAUCCCCAAUAAAGUAUUUGAUAUGCAUAUGCCCGAUAGAAUUCUUGUUGUCGGACAUGACCAGCAUGUUGGAUUAAAGGCUCCUCCUAUUGAAAUGACUCUUGAAAAUUCAGCUAUACCAUCAGAACAUACAAUGACAAGAGUUCAGACACCGCCAAGAGUUUUGACAUUGGGUGAUCAUUUUUUUCCUACAUUUGAUGAUGAUAGUAUUGAUGAUUAUGGAAAUCCGUCAGAAAUGAAUUCAAUAACUCCAAUUGCUAAUGGACCUUUUAUCAGUGAUACACAAAUUGUCAGGCGCAAUAUUAGAGAACAAACUCCAGUGUGGAAUAGUACUUUAGAUGUAUCGCUACCACAAUCUGAUGAAAUUCAACAUUUACGCCGUCAAUUAGGCAAGCUCAAUCGUCGAGUAAUGGCUGUAGAAUCCGUUAUGUAUCAGCGUCAACAACGUGACAAAUAUAUUUAUGCCAUUACAGUAGCUUAUUUCAUUUUUAAGGCAUUUAAUUGGAUAACAAGAAACUAGAUUUUAAUAAUAAUAAUGAAACAAUGAAAAUUUUUUUUUUUAUCAUAGAUAUUCACCAAUUGGUUUUUUUACAUCAUUUUAUUUGCUAUUUUCAAUACUAACGGCACAACCAAAUUUGAUAAACACUAAUACAAUGGAAACAAAAAAAAAGUAAUAAUGAAGGAAAAUACUUUGUUAUCUAAGAGUAAUUAUUUUAUUUACGAUUAAUUGUGAAAAUUUUUCUUAAUUUUUUGUUUAUCAAUACACAUACUAAUAUGUGUGUACAAGAUUGACUUAUUGUUCUUGAUAAAAUUUUUAUAUCUUAAGUUUCACAACGGCGUGUUGAAUAGUAAAAUUACGGUACGAAUAAAAUUUUUACAAAUUAAAAUAGUCCGAGUGUAGACGAAAUAAAUUAAAUGGACUGUAUAAUGA